AUGUACUCCAACAUCCCGAACGAAUUAGCUUUAAGGAGUGUUUUGAGCAGAUGGAACUUGAUUGAGAAGAAUACUUCUAUCCUCUUUCAAGAAUUUAAAAGAGCCAUUUCCAUCAUCUUAAAUUCCACCUUUUUUAAGUUCAAUGAAGAAUUUUACGAACAAAUUUUCGGUUUGCCCAUGGGAUCACCUCUAUCACCAAUUUUAGCAGACUUGGUAAUUCAAGACUUGGAACAUAAUAUUUUUGACAUACUCAUCACGCACAUACCUUUGUAUUAUCGAUAUGUGGAUGAUAUCUUGCUGGCAGCUCCUACUAAUCAGAUUACUAACAUCUUGGAUUCCUUCAAUGCUUACCAGGAACGCAUAAAAUUUACUGUUGAUUAUGGCGAUGAAUUUGGCAUCAGUUUUUUGGAUGUAAAACUUUUGUAUGACAAGGGCAGUAUUAUUUUCGACUUGUACACGAAGCCUACUCGGAGAGAUACCUCAAUUUUUUCUCAAAUCACCCUACCAUACACAAAAAAGGUAUGGUGA